CAACAUUUUCACCUAUUUUUACCAAUCACAAUGCAAUGUUUACCCGCGACCAUACUAACUUUGUUUACCAUUAUGAAAUAUAACCAAUCCUAAAAUGGGGUUAGUACACCACGCAGAAAUUUCGUGAUGACGAAAUGAUGCGGAAGUCAGAGGUGAGGGUAGUUACUAAGGGUGCGCUGUGGGUUUUUCUGCAGCCUGCUGAGCUAAUCAUACUUACAUAGUCUAAGUAAGAAGGUGCGGAAAUGAUUACACAAUACAGAACAUGACUAAUACCAUGUGAUGGCAACUCCCCCGUCUAGCAGGAACUCCUUUUUUGGAAGUGGACGUGCAGUUUAGUGCAGUUUACCACCUGGAGUCUGAACUGCUUUACAUAACAGAGGGAGGCAGGCAGGUGUGCUUCAAAAUUCUCUUUCUGUGCCCGGUGACACAUUAUUUUGCCAUGUUCUCCCCCAUUCGUGCUUCGGACCCCUCUCAAACAGGGAUGUCACGGGCCAGAAACAGGGCCCUUGUCGUUUCAGUGGUGGCCUUUGACCGUGGAGUGGAUCUACCUGCAAGGAAAGGAGCUAAACGAGACACGAAGAGGCUCCACAAAGUCCUGACUCGGCUGGGCUUCCAGGUGGACUUUCAUACGGACCCCACCGCCGAGGAGAUCUACCAGCUCUUCAAAGAAGCAAGCGAGGGCCCCGUAGCGGACUGUUUCGUGGGGGUCCUGUCCAGCCACGGGGAGGAGGGUGUGGUUUUCGGGGCGGAUGGGGGCGCCGUGAGGCUGGCGCGAAUCUUCAGCUGUUUCGAAAGCCCCGCAAUGGUCGGGAAAACGAAACUUUUCUUCAUACAGGCCUGUCGUGGGGUCGAGCUAGACAGCGGGGUGGAGGUAGAGACGGACUCGGCACCGGGGAGGGCAGCGGCGGAGGAAGAGGACAACGUCUCUCACUACCUCUCCAUCCCCAUUGACACCGCUGUCAUGUUUGCCACGCCCCCGGGUUACAGUGCCUUCAUGCACCUGACGGGCUCGGUCUUCCUUCAGACGCUGUGCGACCUCCUGGAGGAGGAGGGGGGGCGGAGCCUGGAGGUCACACGGCUGAUGACGUGGCUGAACUUCCGCGUGGCGUACCGGUUCCAGGCGCGCGGCGGCCAGCUGGCGGGGAAGAAGGAGAUGCCCUGCUUCGUCUCCCGCCUCACCCGCCAGGCCUUCCCCUUCGCCGACGCCGGAGGGGCGGAGCCGGCCCGCGCCAAAGACCUCCAGGGCCUGAACGCCACGGUGCUGAUCGCCACUUCCACCAGGCCCAGGAAACGGUCCAUCAGCUGAGCGUUUCCCUCGGGGGGGCCCCCCGGGGCCCAGGGCCAGGGGCCUCAGCACAGGCCUAGCAGCUGCACCCCAGUUAGCUGUUAGCUGUAGCGACGUGGAGCCUGUAUCACGAAGCAGGAUUACUGAGUUAGCUGGAUAACUGCACUAAAACCCGGAACGGCUCUCUGUACUUCCAUUCAGUCCACGUUCCUGAUCUGGGAGGGCUCCGGGUUUUACUCAGCGCAGUUAUCCUAACUCCUAAUAAUCUCCUAAUAAUCCUGCAUCACGAUACAGGCCUCUGGAGACCUACUGGGCAAGCAGGGCUCUGUUGUUUUUCAACAAUAGCUGUCAUACGGGUGCUGUUUUAUGUACAUCUGGGACCUGUAUAACGAAGCAGGAUUACUGAGUUAGCUGGCUAACUGUGCUGAGUAAAGACCUGUAUAACGAAGCAGGAUUACUGAGUUAGCUGGCUAACUGCACCGAGUGAAACUCGGAACAUUCCUCCUUCAUGAUACAGGCCCCAAACAUGCAUAUAACAGCACCCAAACAACAGCUCCCGAAAACACUUUCAUCGCCCAUAGAAACCCCAGCGGGAUUCUUCCACCUCAAACAACGCUUUUUGUUGAAGCGUCUCGUUUGUACAUGGUUUGAUGGCAAAACAGCUGCAUUUGUAAAUAUGAAUUUGUACUGUAAUUGUUUGUGAAUGUUUACUGAAUCGCAUUAUGAGGAGCUGCAUUUUCCAUUUACAUGAAGCAGGAACGUGAGCUAUACCCCACAAUUCACAUGCUAAAGACAUUAAUAACAGUUUUUACAGUAAAGUGCAAUUUAAAAUAUAUGUACAUUAAAAUAUACGUUCACCACAGUAGCCACAGUAGGGACAUGGUGACUGAAGUCAAGAGUUUACAAUCUGGUUUUAUUGUAUUUUUUAAAUCUUUUUUAUUUGUUGGUAUGUUUCAAUAUUUUUUCAAGUUCUUUGGGAUGGGAUGAGAUGCACAAAGGAGGGAACUUUGCUUCUGCAUCUAUGUGGAUAUCCUUCA